GGCCGACUUGACAGUGUUGUUUUAAUGGGAUUAGAUCGAGAUGCCUCUCUUGGGAAAGAAAAUUUAUUCCCCGUCAAAGCCUCCGAAGGACAUUUUACCGAAUGAGAAAGUUUUCACCAUUCCAUUUACUGGAGAAAGGUUCCGAAGCAAGUCUGAAUAUGACAAAAGAUGCUCUCUCUACAGGGAAAAAAUAUGGACUUGUCAAUGCACCGGGCAUGUCAAUUUGUCUUAUGAAGAAGCCCAUAAAUCUGAAAAAGCAGGACACAAAACAAUCAAAGAUCAGUUUGAUGAAUGUUUUGAGAGGCCUACAUUAGAAGUAGUUCACCACGCCACUGUCAGUCUAGAUAAUUUGGUUGACCAGGCUUGGACAAAAAUACAACAGGUUUUGUUAGUAGGUGAAAAUGUUGCUCUCAAAGUCAAGGCUGCUGGCAGAACUAUUAAAGGAACUAUUGUAUCUGUUGAUAAUUGUGGAAUGGAUGUCAAUCCUACCAGUAAUUGCAGUUCACCAUCAAGUGAUAAAGAAAAUAACAACAGUAAAGACCAGCCUAAAAAAUGGCAAGCACCAAAGUUAUUACCAUAUAAAUACAGUAUGAGAUUGGAAGGAGAAGAAAAAGUUAUAAAUGCUAUUCCAGCUUCAGAUUUAGCUCGAUGUGGACGUCCCCCAUCUAAAGAUUUGAUAAGAUUAUUUAUACGAGCUCACACAGUGCGUGCUGGUCAGUCAGCAACUAGUCCCUGGGUUGUAGAUGAUAAAAUGGUGCACAAAUAUAAAUUACCUAAAAAAUUUACAGACUUUUUGCUUUCUCCUGCAAAGAUGACAAGAAUAACGCCGCAAAUGGUAGAAGAAAUCAGUAAAAAGCGUAAAAUGGAAGUAGAAGUUGUAGAGAGCUCUUCAGACGAAGAUGAAAUUGUUUUAUCAGAAGUUAUUAGGAAAUCAAUCGGAAAAUCUGAUGCGUCUGCGAACAAUGACUCAGAUUCAGAUGUACCAUUAGUGAAACUCAAAUCAAAAAAUAAUUCUAAUGGCUCAGAUUCAGAAGACGAACCAUUGUCUAAAUUAGGUUCUGGUAAAAAAUCUCCUAAAAAGAAAUCACCCACUAAGUCAAAAGACUCUAAAAAGAAAGAUGUGAAAAAAAAGAAAUUAAAACAAAUGACGCUAUUUGAAAUAGCAAACAAGAAAGGAAGUAAAUCUUCCAAUAAAAACUCUCCACGUAAAUUGUUUGCAUCUACAGUUAAUGUCACACCUCCUAUUGUUAGACAAAUGGUGAAAGCUCAUAAAGCCAAUAAAGAACAUGCAUUUCAAGAAUUAUUAAAGAAAGCUGUACAAAUGUUAAACUCUACUCAAAGAAAUAAUCUUCCCAGCCAAAUAAAGGAAGAAUUUAUGAAAAAAUAUGAAAUAUUUAGAGAGAAAAAGUUACUAGCCAAAAUGACACCAGAAGAAAAAGACAAUUAUUUUAAAAGAAAGAGAAAGUUACGAGAACAAGAAUCUAAGAAGAAAUUUGAGGACCAACAAUUAAAACAAACACCAUUACCUCAACCUAAACUGGUUUCCUGCCCUGAGAGUAUACCCAAUGAAGUGUUUGGAGAUGUUGCUAUGGUAACAGAAUUUAUUAGUUGUUUUAAAGGAUUAUUGAUGCCAAAUGAUGAAUAUCCAAUAUAUUCAGAUGCGUUAAUGAAAGCUCUAUGUAAUGGUGUAGUGGGAUAUAGUUAUUUAAAUAGAGUAUUAGAUAUUUUAUUACAAACCUUACUACAAGAUAGAAUAGCUGAGGGCUAUGAAGAAUUAAAAACAAAAUUAAACAAUAUAGCUAUUAACAGUUAUACAGCAUCAGAAUUAGUUAGAUUGUGUUUACGAAGCAAUGAUAGUGGUCAAGAAUUAGAUGAUGAAAAUGAUGAUGAAGAAGAAGAUUUUGUGGAUGUGCCUCAGAAUAUUAUAGAAAAAUUAGAAGAUAAAGAGUUUUACCAACUAGAACCAACUGAUAAAUUAGCUAUAUUAAAAGGAUUAUGUCUACGUAUAAUGGGAUCUUAUUCAGUUCAGGAAUAUAUGGAAGGCAAACAGACUCAGGCCAAUAAACUGAUGAAACAGAAAUGGGUAGGCCAGAAAGAAUUAAAUGAACAAUUAAAGCAACAAGAUGAGGAAGAAGAUAAAGACAAACCUAAAGAUGAUGCAGAUAAAGUCGACUCUGAUGCUCCUGCUACGCCUGCUGAAUCUAUCAAAGCUGAGAAUGAAGAUGAUAUCAUAUCCUCUGUAAGAAAUAGGCGAGUCAGUGCUGCCAAAUCAGCAGCUGAAAAAGCCAAGAAAGAAAAGCAAAGACGCAAGGAAUUUGAAAAGAGUAUGAUAGAGCAGAAGAAACAGAGACAAUUAAAGACCAUGCAGGAGGCAAUAGAGGCAGCAAGACAAGUUUUACGAUUUGUACCGAUUGGUUUUGAUAGACAUCACAAUCGGUACUGGAUGUUCAGUAAAACAACACCAGGGUUAUAUAUAGAGAAGGGCUGGUUUACUCAAGACUACAAUCAUUGUGUUAAGCUAGAAGGAGAUAACACUGAUGAGGAUGAUAAGCCCAUUGCUAAAUUAUGUACACCCACUAAACAAAAUGGCACUGCAAGUCCAAAGAAAUCACCUAGAAAAUCUCCCAAGAAAGCUUGUAAUAAUGAUCCAAGUAUACCUCACUAUUCUCAGAAUCUAUGGUAUGAGUAUGAUACUAGUAAAGAUUUAGAUGAGUUAAUAAGUUCUCUACAUCGUCAAGGUAUACGAGAGAGUGAACUGAAGAAAGAAAUUAAGAAGAGAUAUGAUGAUAUAUCAAAAGCUAUUUAUAGAUCUAGAAGAUCAAAUUUAGAGUUACGAGAAUCUAAUGGUGAUAGUGAAACAUUACAAGGUAUAAGAAAAGAAUUAUUAGAUCUAGAAGUUCGAUUACGCAGUGGUGGGCUAGGUGGUGUUCCCGAUUUUAAAACUUUUGAAAAAAAAGUAGAAACCUCAAGUGAAUUAAAAGAUUUUGGUGCAUUACUAUUAGAAGUGGAGGGUCAUGUUUUGGAGAAAUUUAUUAAAUAUUUCAUGAAAAAUAAACAGCAGUUAGGCCCUACGCCCAGUGCAAAUACUGUCAAACAAGACAAUUCAGAUGAUGAUUAUGAUGAUGAUGAAGUUGUGAUAAUUGAAACUGAUGGAACGAAAAGACCCAUAACCCAUAAACAUCGGCAGAGAUGGCGGGAUGCUGUAGAGAACUGUGCUACCUUCUCAAGAUUCCAUGUUUUAAUGGGAAUGUUGGAAUAUUGUGUAAAUUGGGAUAAGUCAGUAGAAGCUGCAAAAUGUAAGAUCUGUAGGAAGAAAGGUAAUGAUGAUAGACUAUUAUUAUGUGAUGACUGUAAUCUAGCUUUCCACAUGUAUUGUUUACGUCCAGCACUUACUGAUGUACCUGAAGGGGAAUGGUUUUGUGCUGCUUGUGUGCACAAGAGGAAGCCUAUCCAGUUUUAUCCUGCACGUGGAAAGAGUGAAUUUGAAGUAAUAGAAGAAGAGAAACCUAUAAUAAUUCAUGAAUUAACUUGUACUAUAUGUGGUGGAGAUGAAGAUCUUAUAAAUUGUUCAGAAUGUCCCAUGUCAUAUCAUACAUUCUGUCAUGAACCACAGUUUCGAUAUCCACCAAGAGGAAACUGGCAGUGUAUGAAAUGUAAAGGUAGUAAGAAAAGACGAAGAGGACCAGUCUACUAUAGUGAUGAUGAUGAAGAUUAUGUUCAUUAUCCUAAACCCAAGCGUAAACGAGGACCAUAUAAAAAGAAAGUUGUUAUUGAAGCUGAUGAUUCACCACCAAGAACAUCAAGAAGAGCUCCUUCAGAAUUAUCGAUAUGUGAGGAUAUAUUAAAUGAAUUAGUUAAAAAUAAAGACAGUUGGCCAUUUGCUGAAGCUGUGAACAAAAGAGCUGUACCUGAUUAUCAUACUAUAAUAAAACAUCCUAUGGAUUUUAGAACUAUGAAAAAUAAAUUCCUAUUGUAUUCCUCAGCACAAGAAUUUGUAGAUGAUUUGGCCUUAGUCUUUAGAAACUCUGCACUAUAUAAUAAGGAGGAUUCCGAUAUUUACCAGUGUAUGUUAAAUAUGGAGAAACACGCCAGAAAACUAGUAUCAUCACGGUUACCAAACCAUAUAUACAGUCGUGAUGUGGUUGCUAAUGGUUACAAUGAUCAUGGUAAUAGCAGUAAACGAAGUCGACGUAGAUGAGAUAUUACUGCUCCUAAAUAGUCUUUUAAACAGUUGAUCCAAUUAAAAAAUUAUGCUGUAUAUCUGGCAGUUCCUACAAAAUUACACUAUAUUUUGGCAUGUUUAGCUGUGAUAUGCAACUUCAGCUUUAGAUAUUUGACAUGAUAUGGAAUAUAUCAAAUAAAUGUAGGCUUCUGUACUGUAGUAUAUGCUAAAUUUUACAGUGGCUGCAAUUUACAGAGCUAGAUUGUUGGUGUAUUGUAAAUUUAAGACAAUUGUAUAAAUUUUAGAUGUAAAUAUCCAGGACAACUCUGAUUGGUUUCCAUUGGGAAUAAAAUAUCCUGGACCAAUUAGAAUUGUUGAAAAUAGUUCUGAUCUUUCUCACUGAGAAGACUGUAGCCAGUUAGUACUCUUUGAUAGUGCUUUGUACAUAUUUCUCAAUCAAAAUAUUGCCAGAAGCUUUGAAAAGGGAAGCAUAAACUAAUACACUUGCUGGAUUCAAAAUAUAGACAUUAAAUAGCCAAGUGAAAGAUUUGCUUGUUUGAUUCAUUGUAUUUUGGGGUUAGAAAUAGAACUUAUACAGUAGUCCUUGCUAGCCUUGUUAAAUCUACUGAUAUAAAUUAUAUCUGAAGGCAUACAAAUAGAAAAAUCUUAUCGAUUUAAGUUCAAGGAAUCUCAUUUGUCAAUUUGUACAAAUACACUUGGCAAGAAGCAUGUUUUCCACUGUAGGCUUCGUCCAAAUUGAAAAUGAAUUUUGUGGUGUCCAAUUUUUUUGUGUAAAAAUAUUUGAAUUUAAUACUGUAUAUAUAUAUAUAUAUAUAUACAUAUAUUUUAAAAUAACUGUUGUAAUAGGUUUUAUUUUCACCAUACAGGUCUAAUUUUAGUUGUAAAUAUUCAAUAAUGGGCCAUGUAUCACCACCUUACGUCACAGUUAUGAAAGGAAGUCAUAAAUGCAGCUUAAAAGCUGAUUUAAUGAUCUAAAAUAUAAAUACAUGUAAUGCCUAGUCCAAUUCAUAAGAUGUACCCAUGUUUCUAAAACUUAAUGCAUUUUGUUUCAUUCUAAAAAAUGAAAAAACUUUACCUGUGGUGUGCAAACAGAAUUAGACUUUGCAAUGUACAUUUACUGCAAUAUUCUAAAUAUUUCAAAAUCACUUAUAUAAUUAUGUAAUCUAUUGAAUGGGAAAUCUUUUGCUAUUAGAUCAGAGGCUGUCAUGAUAAACUGUCAACAAAUAUAUCAUGGACUAAUUCCUUCAGUAGUAAGUAAUUACGUAUUGCGCAGGCGCUGUUCAAUAUUUAUUAUAAAACCUAAUUUAACCUGGAAACAUUCAUUGACUGAUUUUCCCAGUAUGUUACCCAAAAACUAUCAGAUUUCUUCAAAUCCAAUAUAAACUGUGCCUUUUGGUUACAAAACUUGUAAUUCUUGUUUAACUAAUUUCUUGUGUAAAUUGGCUUCUGAAAAAUGAAAUAAUAAGUACUUACCUUA